CUGGUUGCCAACUCAGACGAAAGUGCAGAGGUUUGAGGCAGGGACUUCCAGCACCCAAUCCCCUUGGAUUAGAGGAGGGAUUAUGGUUUGGAUUUGCCUCUGCUUUGCAAAUCCAUGAUGUCCUGCACUGUAGCUGAAACCACGACACCUCUGGCCUGUGUGUCUAAGAGCCCUCAAGCUGACUGCAAGUUUUUACUAACGGGACAAAUUAAGACUCAUUUUCAGGACCUACACAGUCAUGGAUGGACAGAUGAAAACUGAGAGGCCCAGACGUGGCCUUUAUUCAGAACCUUAUUUGUUCUUGUUCCAUUAAGGGACAUGAAAAUAUACUCAACCUUGACUGUUUCCUCUCAGAAGGCGACUUCUGCCAUAUGAAACAUGCCUUUAAACAUUCGAGCUAAGCCCUCACAGGGCAAGCUGUCUGCUGGCUCAAAGAGCAGUGGGCACACUGAUGGCAGCUCAUCUCAUUCACGCUUCUCCAGAUCCCCCAAACUUGGGAAAGGUAAACAGGCUGCAACUUCUGCACCAGGCUUACGAUCCGGGCUUGAACCAGGCUCCGUGUCCGGGGGUGUCCCUGCAACAGCAUCUAAACCUGCUGGAGGUCAGAGCUCAGUGUGUAGACCGGGUGUGAAGAGCAAAUCAUCUGUGGAGAAAGGAGUGACUCGUGGUUCAGCAACAGCUCCGGGGGGUAAAACUUUGUCCAUGGAGAACAUCCAGUCAUUGAGUGCUGCCUAUGCAACUUCAGGCGCCAUGUACCCUUCUGAGCGGGAUUCACUGGAACCCUCUGGUGGGUACCCUAAAGGUACCAUGACACUGGGAAGAAGUACCAACCGGUCCUCCUACACUAAUCGGACAACGGCUACAGGAAGCAGCCCUAACAUCACGUCUUAUGGACUGCAUCAUCCGUCAGACCCUUAUGGAGACCAAACCUCCCAUCCUGCAGGGACUUCAAGUCUGCGGCGCCAGUCUGGGAGGCAUCCCCAGGUGGCAGAUUCAACUGGACGGGGGGAGGUUUCCACUUUUGAUCUCCAGUCUCAGCUGAGGGAGCUGCAGAGGGAGAAUGACACCCUUAGGAAAGAACUGGAGGGGGGGAGGGAUGGAAGGGUGGGCCACAGUAUGAACAAUGUCAACUUCUGGAGCCCAGAUGUGAAAAGAGACAAGGGAGUGAGGCGGGAGGAGGUAGGAAGGACCUCGGUUUUGAAGGAACAUUACAGAGCAACUCAAGAGGACAUACAGCAGAUUCCACUGACUGUUCAGGAGCUUCAGGAGGAGCUGAGGGCUCACAGGGAGAUGAACAGUCGCUUACAGCAGCAAAGACAGCAAGGUAACUCAGGCUCCUAUCGAGAGCUCCAGUCAGACCAGGACCACAGAGGGGGGCUCAGCCCUGGCCACAGCCCCAGACAAAGUCCCAGCAACCUACACAGCCCUGGGCCAAAGAACAGCUUGAGAGCCAGCCCUUCCAACACCUAUAACUCAAGGCAACAGGAAGCUGAUGUCAUCAUUCACAGCCCAGGUUAUGGUUGUAAUGCUGCAGUAUCUGUUCAGAGAAUCAGUCCUGCCAACACCCUUCAGCCUGGUCCGAGGAACAGCCCAAGUCAGCCCGUCUACAGCCAAGGUCCUCAAUUAGCACCCAGCUCUAGCUCACUCCGGCCCUGCAGCCCCUGCACGGUGCCCGGGUGCGACGGUUUCUCUUCACCUCCUCCUCUGGAUCCUUCAGAGGAGAAUUUCUUCAGGCUGCAGUCAGAGCAUGAACGACAGGCUAAGGAGCUGUACCUGUUGAGGAAGACCAUGGAGGAGAUGGAGAUGAGAAUCGACUCUCAGAAGAAGACACUGGAAUCCCGGGAUGAGAGCAUCCAGAGGCUGCUGGAGAUGCUUCAGGGACAAGGUCAGAGCCAGGGACCCUGGGGUCGGGGACAGCGAGCAGGCAUCAUAACCAUGGCGGCACAAGAGGCUGAAGCCCAGCUGGAAAACAUGCAUGUGAGAGAGGACACCAAGAUCUCUUCCCUGGAGAGGAACAUCAGAGACUUAGAGGAUGAGGUCCAGAUGUUAAAGACGAGCGGCCUGCUCCACCCUGAUGACAGGCAGGAUGAGCUCAAGCAGGUGGAGGUCUACAAGAGCCAUUCCAAAUUCAUGAAGACUAAGAUAGAGCAGCUGAAGCAGGAGCAGAACAGGAAGGAGUCGGAGAUGCAGGCCCUGCAGACCAAACUAGAGACACUGACCAACCAGAACUCAGACUGCAAGCAACACAUCGAGGUGCUUAAGGAGUCACUCAGCGCCAAGGAGCAACGUGCCAACACUCUGCAGACAGAGGUAGAUGCUCUGCGAGUGCGUCUAGAAGAGAAGGAGCAGUUUCUGACCAAGAAGACCAAACAGCUGCAGGACCUGACAGAUGAAAAGAGCACGCUCACAGGAGAGAUCAGAGACAUGAAGGACAUGCUGGAUGUCAAGGAGAGGAAGGUUAACGUCCUGCAGAAGAAGAUUGAGAACCUGUUGGAGCAGUUGAAGGAUAAGGACAAACAGCUGGCUGGUUUGAGAGAAAGGGUCCAAGGUCUUCAAACUGACUCAAGCAACACAGACACAGCCUUGGCCACACUGGAGGAAGCCCUAUCAGAAAAGGAACGAGUGAUUGAGAAUUUGCGCGAACAGAAGGAGCGGGAGGACAGGGUUCGGCUGGAGGAGAUGGAACAGAUGAAGAAGGAGAAUCAGGAACUAAAGGACAAACUUUUAGCAUUGCAACCCCAGAAGAUUUCCCAGAGUCAGCUUGUCAACCCAAGCCCGAUCCAAAACCAGAGGCCUGAUGGAGAGGUUCCAGCAAAAGUAGACGGGCUGCCAACAGUCAGCCCCACAACCCAAAACAUGGAGGAAGCAUUACGGAAGUGUCCAGACAUCACAGAUCGCCUGAGGCUGCUGGAGCAGGAGGUUGCCCGUAACAGAGAGGAAUCCGGGAAGUCAAAAGCAGAGGUGGAGAGGCUAAUGGCAGCACUGCGGGAUGCUGAGUUGGACAAAUCGUGCAAGGAGAAGAAAAUUGCUGAUCUAGAGAGUAUCUGCAGACCAGGGCAAAUCAGAUCUCCAAACAUCCAGAAGCAGAUAGUACCAGGUGAGAUGAGGAAAGACAUCCUGACUGAUGGACAUCCACACUCUUUGUCCCAGCCUCCUCUGUCAGUUUCCCAGGAUGCAAUGCGGGACACAGCGGAGCGUAUCAUGGAGCUGGAGAAGGCGCUGAGGGAGAGCAUGAACACUUCGGCACAUAGGGAGGCUCUCUGGGCACAGGAGGAGGCCAACCGUGUUCAGGCCCAGAGAGAGUUGGAGGAGCUAAUGGGGGCUUUGGAGAAGACCCGUCAGGAGCUUGACGCCACCAAGCUCCACCUGUCCUCCACCCAGCAGUCCUUGCACGAGAGAGACGGACACCUUAACAGUCUUCGCCAAGAGAGACGCAAACAGCUUGAGGAGAUUCUGGAGAUGAAGCAGCAGGCUUUGCUGGCAGCCAUCAGUGAGAAGGAUGCUAACAUCGCCCUGCUGGAGUUAUCAUCCUCCAAACGCAAGAAAGCCCAGGAGGAAGUGAUUGCGCUGAAAAGGGAGAAAGACAGGCUAAUGCACCAACUCAAGCAGCAGACUCAGAGCAGAAUGAAGCUUAUAGCAGACAACUACGAAGAAGACCACAUGCAUCCCCAGCAUCACCCUCAUCAUUCUCACCAUAUGCACCCAGCAAACAUGCAUCACCGGAGCUUGCCAAGAGGGCCACCUCAUGCCAACCACCAUCGGCCCCCUUUGGACCAGAGCUGCUUGUGGAGCCAGGUACCAAGAGGUUCAAGAUCUGCAAGUGGACACAGUCAAACGGCCUGAAUCUCCCCACCAUCAUGGCCAUCAAGAAAUACACAUCUUCCAGGAUCCAGCAUUUCAUUGUAAUGUGGACAAGUUCAGCCAGUCACAAAUUCUCCAUCAUACCCAUGAAUGUCUCCUUCACUGACAAACACAUCGGCCCUCUGAGUACUUAAGCCCGCUGUGGGUGAAUGUCCCUCAGCAGAGCAUCAGUCAUCAGCGUGGGGCUUCAAGGUAUUGGCAAGCGGUCCACUGCCUUCAUUUCCCAGCCUGUUUUCAAUAGACUGGGAGCUGGAUUCAUUUACAGUACUGCGGUGCUACAGAGUUCUGGCUCCAUAUCAAGCGACAAUCACUUCACCGCUGUCGACUACCAGUGUGGCUAAGCUGAGCCAGUGGAACUAACCGUAAACCCAUGCCAAUCCUGGACUGGUUUAUGAUGGCAUGAAUGUGUUUACAUCUGCAGCUAAAUAGCGAACUUCUGUAAAUAUCACAACAUGGACCUCAAAAUCUGCAAUCCACAGAGACCUUCUCAAUGUACCGUGCCAAAGGAGACAACCCUGUCUGCUGAAACAAAUUACCGCAAUGGGACUGUGUCUGAAAUUGUUUGGACUACUCAGUCAACCAACGGUCUCCCAAUUCCUGCGGAGAGAUCAACAAGAAAAGUGAAUUUGGGCUUUAAGAUGCCCCACAAAAACAGUUUGAGGCUCAGCUUACGUCUUCUCUAAAAAAUCAGGACCUCUAUUAAAAGGGAAGGAAACUCCGCUGACCUCAAAUCAGCCAGCUUACUGUAAGAAAAGUCUGUUUUUAUGUCUCUCCUCGUGUUCUUUUAGCCUGCUGUGCAUUUAUUUAAUGAACCAAUAUCAUGUUCUGUUUGCUUUUCUACUUCCGAAACAGUCUUGAGUGCCACUCUUCUUUUUUCUAGCUGUGUGUGACUUCUUACGCUGAUGAUGGUGUAUUAUUUUGUUGUCUAUUUAUUGUUUCUGUGAAUCUGAGUGGCUAAUCCUUUUAUAAUGAAGUGACUUGCAUUUAAAAGCACUGUGUCAUUACUUUUUUACUGUACAGGAGGUUGAUCUGAGGUGACAUAAAUUAGGUACGGUAUUGUGUUUUCAUUCAACAGUAUAACAGUGUCUGAAUUUCACCCUUACCUAACAUGUACAGCUUUUUGUACAGUAUGUGUGCAUGUGCGUGUGGUUUCAUGACUGCGGGGUUUACAAC